AUGCAGAAAAAUGAAAAAAAAAGUAAAAAUAAUGCCAACAAAAAUAAUAAAGAAACUGAUGACAAUCCAAAUGAAAUAUCAAGUAUAAAAAAAAAGAAAAACAAAAUUACAAAUAAAAUAGAGAAAAGCAAUAAAAAAUCUCAAAAGAUAAAUGUAGAAGACACAAAUAAAACAAAUAUUAACGAAAGUAAUAGUGCGAUAAAAAGUCUCGAAAUCAGUGAUAAUGAGCAAACAAAAACGAAUAUGUUGCCUACCCAAAGCAGUAAAUUUGACACUCCUACCAAGAAUGACAAUAAAAUAAAUUUAAAAAAGCGAAAAAAUUAUAAAAAGGAAAAGUUAAAACUUAAUGAGGGUGCAAUAAUGCAUGAUCAACUAACUGAUGGCAAAAAUGAACAAAAUAUAAAAGAUGAAAAAAAAAAGAAAAAAAAAACGAAAUUAAAUGAUAAAACAGAAAUAAACCUGUGUGAAAAAAAUAAACAAAAUAAUAAUGAUCAUAAUUUACAACCUGGUAAUAUACAAAUUAUAAAUGAAGAAAAGGACACACUUUUUAUAGAUAUCAAAGAAAGAGAAGAAGCAAAAGAAAAUUAUGUCGAUAAUAGUUGUGCUACUGCGAAAAAAGCUAAAACAAAUAACCGAAAUAGUAACAAGAAUAAAAAAGUGAAAGAGGAAAAUGUAAAAUUAGUUACAAAAAAUGCAGAAAUAACUAAUUUGAUAAAACGGGAUCAAACAAAAGAUAGAUCUUUUAUCGAUAAUGAUGAUAAUAAUAAAGGUACCGGAAUAGUAGAAAACGAAAAAGAUUCAAAAUCCCCCAAAAAUAUGAACUCUACAAAAUUAAAAAAUACUAAUGAAAAAAAUGACAUUAAUCAUUCAAAAAAUAGAAAAAAAAAAGAAACUCAUAAAAUAAAUGAUAAAACUGGACAAGAUAAUGUAAAAAGUAUGGCCUUAGACAGUGUAAGCAAACAAAAUAGUACUAGUAAAAAUGAGGCAUCCAAAGAAAUAGUUGAAGAUAAUAAUAAUUUGAAAAUGAUAACGUCUAGUUGCUCAAAUGUUUCAUUAAAUACUCAAACUAAGUUAUCACAAAAUGUUACAGAAAAUAAAUUUGUAGAACCAGAAAAAGGGAAAUCGAAAAAAAAAGAAAAAACAAAGCAGAACGAAAACGAUAAAAUUAAACAAAAUGAACCCAAAGAAGAUACAAAAAUAGAAAUACAAGAUAAUCAAACGAAUGUAGACGAAACAAAAAAUAAUGAAGAAAUUAAAAUAUAUCUAAAAGAUCAGGAAAAAGUUAAUGAAAAAGAAAAAAAAAAGGAUAAAGAUGUAACCGAAAUUAAAAAAAUAAAUAAAAAAGAGGAAUUAAAUAAAGGUAAACCGAUCAAAAUCGUUUUAAGUGAUACAGAUGCAAAAGAAAAGAUUUAUAAAUACAUGAGACAAACAAAUAGACCAUAUUCUGUUAUUAAUGUAUAUGAUAAUCUUCAUGGCAUGAUUAGUAAAAAUUCUGUUCAAAAAAUAAUGGAUGAAUUAAGUAUUGAAAAUAAGUUACAAUGUAAAGAAUAUGGGAAAGCAAAAAUAUAUUUAAUAAAUCAAAAAGAAUUUGAAAGUUUAAAUGUAGAAGAAAUUAACAAAUUAAAAAACAGUAUUGAAGUAGUAAAAGGAGAGGUAGAGCUAGCUAAAAAUUAUUAUAAUGAUUUAUUAAAAAAAAAAAAAAAAUUAAUUGAAGAUUUAGAUCUUAUUAAAAAUGUAAAUGAAUAUAAAAAGACUUUACUACAAAUUGAAGACGAAAUACACAUUUAUGAAGAAGCAAAUAAAAAUUGUAAAAUAUCUAUCGAUGAAAUUGAUACCAUAAAAAAUAAUCAUGGAUAUUUGCAUUCGGUCUGGUUUAAGAGAAAAAAAUUAUGCAUUGAAAUUAUUAAAUGUAUAGCUAGCUUAACAGAAAAAGAUACACAAGGGGUCAUUUAUCAUUUGGGUAUUGACACCGAUGAAGAUGUCAUUCCCCUCAAUUUGUAUUUUUAA